AUGACAUUAGUUUUCAUUGACUCAUCAAGGUUUUAUAUAACAGGGAUCAUCCUUGUGGCCAUUAAUCCAUAUCAAGAGCUGCCGAUCUACGGCAUUGAGAGCAUCAGAAAAUACGAGGGUAGAGACAAGGACAGUCUCGACCCUCACAUAUUUGCUGUGGCCGAGGCAGCGUUCGCACAGAUGGAUCGGAAGAAAGCGAAUCAGUCUAUUAUCGUGUCUGGGGAAUCAGGAGCAGGAAAGACAGUGUCUGCAAAGUAUGUCAUGCGGUAUUUCGCAUCGGUCAGUGGAUCAAAUGACGAGGUACACAUUGAGCAGAAGGUCCUGGCUUCCAAUCCCAUUAUGGAAGCCAUAGGAAAUGCAAAGACGACCCAAAAUGACAACAGCUCCCGGUUCGGCAAGUACAUUGAACUUGAUUUCACGAAGCAGUGCACCAUCAUGGGUGCCAACAUGCGAACGUACCUGCUCGAGAAGUCUCGCGUCGUUUUCCAGGCAGCUAACGAACGCAACUACCAUAUCUUCUAUCAACUGAAGAAAGCGAAUCAGUCUAUUAUCGUGUCUGGGGAAUCAGGAGCAGGAAAAACAGUGUCUGCCAAGUAUGUCAUGCGGUAUUUUGCAUCGGUCAGUGGAUCAAAUGACGAGGUGCAUAUUGAGCAGAAGGUCCUAGCUUCCAAUCCCAUUAUGGAAGCCAUAGGAAAUGCAAAGACGACCCAAAAUGACAACAGCUCCCGGUUCGGCAAGUACAUUGAACUUGAUUUCACGAAGCAGUGCACCAUCAUGGGUGCCAACAUGCGAACGUACCUGCUCGAGAAGUCUCGCGUCGUUUUCCAGGCAGCUAACGAACGCAACUACCAUAUCUUCUAUCAACUGUGUUCAGCUAGAAAUCUCGCAGAAAUGAAGCCUAUGAGACUGGUACAUCAAGACAAGUUCCAUUACCUGAAUCAGGGCGGAAACUCUUAUAUCGACGGGAUCGACGACUCAAAACAGUUUCUAGCGACGCAGAAGGCCCUCAAGACCUUUGGAAUCUCCUGCAAGAUGCAAUUUCAGUUAUUCCGGGUUCUGGCAGCUAUAUUGCAUAUUGGCAACAUUGCCAUUCUGGAUUCACUAGAUCAAUCUGAGUCAUGUCGAAUUCCCAAAGAUGACCCUCAUCUCCAGAUCGCAAGUGACCUGCUGCAAGUGGACCGAAAAAGAUUGGCGAAAUGGUUGACAAAUAGACAUAUUGUGCAAAGACGCGAAGUGUUCAAGAAGCCGAUGGUGUCGUCCGAGGCAGUCUUUGCGAGGGACGCUUUGGCAAAGCAUAUUUAUAUGAGCCAGUUUGCAUUCAUUGUGGAGUGUAUCAACAAGAGCCUUACCAGUACAUCUUCCCCAUCUCGCUUCAUUGGCAUCCUGGAUAUCUACGGCUUUGAAAGUUUCGAUAUAAAUAGCUUUGAACAGUUCUGUAUUAAUUAUGCCAAUGAGAAACUGCAGCAACAGUACUGUCAGCAUGUGUUCAAAUUGGAGCAAGAAGAAUACUCGCGUGAGGAGAUAGACUGGAAGUCCAUCGACUUUUACGACAAUCAGCCUUGCAUCGACCUGAUCGAAGGGAAACCUCUGGGAAUCCUAUCAUUGUUAGACGAAGAGUGCCGGAUGCCCAAUGGUUCGGACAAGUCCUGGAUCGGGAAACUGUACGACAAAUGCAAGAAGCAGGAGCAGUUCAACAAGCCGCGGCUCUCUAACUCGGCCUUUAUUAUUUCCCAUUUUGCCGACCAGGUGCAAUAUGAGUGCGCAGGAUUCCUCGAAAAGAACCGGGACAUAGUGUAUGAAGAGCUUAUAGCUGUGGCCAGAGACAGUCAUGAUUCGUACGUGGCAGAGCUGUUCCUCACUGAAGAGCAGAGGGCAGAGAAAUCAAAGAAGAGACGAGCGUCGGAGCCGGUGAAACCUUCCAAGUCCAUCGGCAAAGCUUCGACCGCCGAAGUCUCUCAUUCUGCAUUAAAACAUUUAAAGCAGACGGUGGGCUCACAGUUCCGUGACUCCCUGAAUCAGCUGAUGAAGACAUUGACUGCCACAACUCCGCAUUACGUGAGGUGCAUCAAACCCAAUCGCAACAAGAAACCAUUCUCUUUUGACCCGAAAAAUGUCACACAGCAACUCCGAGCGUGCGGAGAUGAAGAGAAAUACAGGUUUGGGAAGACAAAGCUGUUCCUCAGAACCAAUGCCUUGGCAUACAUGGAAACAUGUCUAUCAGGUCGCAUUCUCGCCUGCCACAUUCUCAUUCAGAAAAUUUCCCGGGGUUAUUUGUCUCGACGGAAGUACACCGUCUACUUCUUUAGACGUGAGGAGGAUAACGUGCGGCCACUCAAACAACGGAAUCAUAUUGGACAACUUCUUCACAUUGACGAGAUCAACAGUGAACUAAAAAAGAAGGACAACAGCGGUAACACUGCAUUUCUGCACACAUACAGACUUGCCGAGAAAAUCCGUCGAACACGAGCCGCCAUCAAGAUCCAGAAAAACGCUGUAGUGAUCCAAAAACAUUUCAAGGGUUAUUCAGCCCGUCGCAAGUUCAAGCAUAUCAAGAAAACAGUACUCUUCCUACAAACCUGUGGGCGUGGACUCCUUGCACGCAAAUCUAGAACUGCCGAGGGCAUCCGUCGAACACGUGCUGCCAUCAUCAUCCAGAAAAAUGUGAGGACUUUCAUUUGUCGGAGAAGGUACCAGAGACUCCGAGCUUCGGUCAUCCAAUUCCAAACCCGGAUACGUGGUCGCAAAGCCCGUCUUCAAUAUGGCACAUUACUUCGCAACGCCAAGGUCCUCUCUCCUAUCUUAUCGGGUAUUACUGCUUCUGAAGUACGUGAGAGAGCGUCGAAGCAGGUUACAGAGCAGCAACCAGAUAGUUCAACACAGAAGAUACCAACUCCACUGAUCCGUAACGAAUUUACUGUCCCAAAAGAAGGAGAUAGAGUUGAUGGAGCUGAGGAAGUCGACAUGUGUUCACUCAUCGCAUAG